AUGCCUCGUCGGCAGCUUGAAAAGUCAGACCCCAUCGUCAUCGUUGGUGCAGGAGCCUUCGGACUGAGUACAUCUCUCCACCUUGCUCUCCGUGGCUACAAGAAUGUCACGGUCUUUGAUAAGCAUGACUAUGAGAUCAGCAAGUAUGACUACAGGUCUGGUGCCGACUCUGCUUCUUCUGAUUUGAACAAAAUCAUUCGUUCUGCGUAUGGAUCGCAGACUGAAUACCAAGACCUCUCCAAGGAGGCAAUUGAAUGGUGGAAUGCCUGGAAUGAGGAGAUCAGAAGUGGAAAGGACUUGCCACCCGGAUUACAUCCGGAAGACAACGUGUACAUCAAUAACGGAACUCUUGCAUUUACCGACAAGGACGAGUUACCCAGUUUCGAACUCGAAACCGUUCGAAACAUGGAAGCCGCUGGUCUUGGUGGAACUCAGCUGAUUACCAUGAACCCAGAUCAUGUUGAGGUUGCGAAACGUAGAGGUCUCGGCUACGGGAUUGACCCUUUCCGUUGCGAAGAACGGAAGAAGGGGAAUGUUGGUGUGUUGGACACCACGGGUGGCGUUGUUGUGGCAGAUAAGGCUUGUCGGUUUGUCCUCCAUAAAGCACAGACUUUGGGUGUCAAAUUCGUCUUGGAUGCCAAAGCAGGUGCUUUCGAGUCAUACUCAUAUGAUAGCGCCGGGAAAGUGAUCGGCGUGAAAACCAAAGAUGGGAGAAAACAUCUUGCAAAAAAGGUCGUGGUUGCAUGUGGAGGCUGGACGCCCACUCUUGUGCCUCAGCUUGACGGGCUCUGUGAGACGACAGCAGGAUCUGUGAUCAUGCUCAAAAUUCCACACGAUUCUCCUCUCUUUGAUCGAUUUGCUCCCGAAAGGUUUCCGAGCUGGAUGUGGAAGCUUUGGGACGGUGCUGAUGGAGGACUUUACGGAUUUCCACGGGACGAUAAGGGAUGGAUGAAAAUUGGCUACAGAGGCAGGAAGUAUACUAACCCUCAGACGCAACCAGACGGAACGGUGCGCAGUGUUCCAGUCACAAGGUAUACUCCUGAGAAGAAGGUCACUCAGAUACCACAAUCCGCUAUGAAGGUCUUCAAGCACUUCCUGGCUGAAUAUCUACCUGAGUUGGCGGAGAACGGAAUUGACAUCGAGCUCACACGCUUGUGCUGGUACACCGACUCUUUUGAUAAUCAUUAUGUGGUUGAUGAUGUUCCUGGACAAGAUGUCGUCAUGGUUGCCACGGGUGGAAGUGGCCAUGCUUUCAAAUACCUGCCGAAUAUCGGCAAAUGGAUAGUUGAUAUCAUGGAGGGUGUAGAGAUGGAGAGAACUCUGGUAAAGCGUUGGCAAUGGAGAGCACUGGAGGCUGGUGUGAAACCGUUCAAUAUUUUGAUGGAGGGCAUCACAAGUGCUAAAGCUUUCGAGAAUGUUGCGUGGUCGACAGAUAGUGACUUGAGACUAGGUAGUAAGCCCCGACUUUGA